AUGCAAGAAAUGUUGAAGGAGUUGAACCAGCAACGCAGAGCGAAAGAGUUUACAGACCUGAAAAUUAUUGUUGAAGGCAAAGAGUUUGAAGUCCACCAAAAUGUUCUAGCUUCCUGCAGCUUGUAUUUCAAGGACCUGAUUAAAAGGUCACCACGAGACAGUAGCAGAAGCGGGGAGAAGCUGGAAUUGGCCAUGUCCAACCUCACUGCGGAUGUCCUGGAAUUACUCCUGGAGUUUGUUUAUACAGGUUCUUUGAUCAUAGAUUCAGCCAAUGCAAAAACCCUACUGGAAGCUGCCAGCAAGUUCCAGUUUCAUACUUUCUGUAAAGUCUGCGUUUCAUUUCUAGAAAAGCAGCUGACUGCUAGCAACUGCUUAGGAAUAUUAGCCAUGGCUGAAGCCAUGCAGUGCACUGAACUAUACAACAUGGCCAAAGCAUACGCCCUGCAGAUUUUCCCAGAGGUGGCAAACCAAGAAGAGAUCCUUAAUAUCUCAAAAGACGACUUCAUUUCCUACAUGUCCAAUGACAGCUUGAACACCAAAGCGGAGGAGCUGGUGUAUGAAACAGUGAUAAAGUGGAUUAAGAAGGACGCUGCGAUCAGAGCUCAGUACGCUGCGGAGUUGUUGGCGGUGGUGCGCCUCCCCUUCAUCCAUCCCAGCUAUCUGCUAAACGUUGUUGACAACGAGGAGUUGAUAAAGUCUUCGGAGGCUUGCCGGGAUCUGGUGAACGAAGCCAAACGUUAUCACAUGCUGCCGCACGCCCGACAAGAGAUGCAGACGCCAAGGACCCGGCCAAGGCUUUCUGCAGGUGUAGCCGAGGUAAUAGUCUUAGUUGGGGGUCGUCAGAUGAUUGGCAUGAAUCAACGUGCUUUAACAGCGGUCACUUGCUUAAAUCCUCAAAACAACAAGUGGUACCCAUUGGCCAGCCUGCCCUUCUAUGAUCGCGAGUUUUUCAGUGUGGUCAGCGCUGGGGACAACAUCUAUCUUUCAGGCGGCAUGGAGUCGGGUGUCACGCUCGCUGAUGUCUGGUGUUACAUGUCCUUGCUCGAUAACUGGAACCUCGUGUCCCGCAUGACAGUCCCAAGGUGUCGACAUAACAGUCUGGUGUACGACGGGAAGAUUUAUACCAUUGGAGGGGUCGGUGUGGCAGGCAACGUCGACCAUGUGGAAAGGUAUGACACGAUAACCAACCAGUGGGAGACCAUUGCUCCUCUGCCAAAGGCCGUCCACUCGGCCGCUGCGACCGUUUGCGGUGGGAAGAUCUACGUCUUUGGUGGGGUGAACGAAGCCGGCCGAGCUGCAGGUGUCUUGCAGUCCUACAUCCCUCAGACUAACUCAUGGAGUUUUAUAGAGUCUCCGAUGAUCGAUAACAAAUAUGCUCCUGCAGUCACUCUCAAUGGGUUCAUCUUUAUUCUUGGAGGAGCUUAUGCACGAGCAACUACCAUCUAUGACCCAGAGAAAGGCAAUAUUAAAGCAGGUCCCAACAUGAACCACUCCAGGCAGUUCUGCAGCGCUGUGGUUCUGGAUGGAAAAAUAUAUGCCACUGGUGGGAUCGUUAGCAGCGAAGGACCUGCCCUAGGAAACAUGGAAGCCUACGACCCUAAAACAAAUACGUGGACACUUCUACCAAAUAUGCCCUGCCCUGUUUUUCGACACGGCUGCGUAGUAAUCAAGAAGUACAUUCAGAGCGGCUGA